AUGUUGAUUGGUAUUUCAGGGACCCUUAGUUCGGGAAAAACAGAAGUGGCGCGGUACUUGACUUUCCAAGGGUUCAAAGUAUUGCAUUAUCAACCCCACGCACCGGAAUUACCAAAUGAACUCAAUGUGUGCACGCCUGAAUCAGAGGAUAUAAAUUAUGAAAUGGAACAACUUGCGAUAAAGCUGUAUUCUAAUAUGGAGAAUUUCAAGGUGUUCAAAACGUUGGACAGUUUGAUGGAGUUUGUCACUGUCAAUUGGAGAGAUAAUUAUGUCAUUUCUCAUAUUGAGGAUAUCAAUGUCUUGAAAGCGUUGCAAAAGCGGCCAUUUUUCCUUCAUAUAUCAAUUGAUGCGCCAUUGAGUGUGAGGUACAAGAGAUAUGCCAAGAAGAAGCAGACUUUGGAUGAGUUCGUCAAACACAACGAUGACAUUUUGUUCAACCCGGAAUCUCCUUUACUUGAAAUUAAUAAUCAGGCACAGGUUAAGAUUAUUAACACGUCGACUUCCAUCAAGGACUUGUUCAUCAAAUUGUCUGAAUUAAACUUGCUUGAUCCGUCGAGAUUGCGGCCCAAUUGGGAUUCAUACUUUAUGCGACUUGCCGAUUUGGCUGCUCUACGCUCAAAUUGCAUGAAGCGUAGAGUAGGAUGUGUUAUUGUUCGAGAAAAUCGUGUUGUUGCCACGGGAUACAAUGGAACUCCAAGACAUUUGACCAAUUGUAACCAAGGCGGGUGUCCUCGUUGUAACAAGGGCCAUGGAAGUGGUGCUUCCUUAUCGACUUGUCUUUGUUUGCACGCUGAAGAAAAUGCCUUGUUGGAAGCUGGCAGGGAUCGGAUUAGAGGUGAAAGUGUAUUGUACUGCAACACAUGCCCAUGCUUGACUUGUUCUAUAAAGAUUGUCCAGAGUGGGAUUCGAGAAGUUGUGUACGCCCAGAGUUACUCCAUGGAUAAGGAUAGUCACCGUGUCAUGAGUGAAGCAAACAUUAUAAUACGACAAUACCAACCACCAGUAGACGGAAUAUUCAUAUAG